CUCACCAUGGACGACGAUAUCACUGCAGUCGUCGUUGACAAUGGCUCUGGCAUGUGCAAGGCCGGCUUUGCGGGUGACGAUGCCCCCCGGGCCAACUUCCCUUCCGUUGUAGGGCGCCCCAGGCACCAGGGCUUGCUGGUGGACAUGGGUCAGAAGGACUACUAUGUGGGUGAUGAGGCCCAGAGCAAAAGAGACAUCCUGACCCUGAAGUACCCCAUCAAGCGUGGCAUUGUCACCAACUGGGACAACAUGGAGAAGAUCUGGCACCACAUUUUCUACAACCAGCUGUGUGUGGCUCCUGAGGAGCACCCCAUGCUGCUGACUGAGGCCCCCCUGAACCCCAAAGCCAACCAAGAAAAGAUGGUCCAGAUCAUGUUUGAGACCUUCAACACCCCAGGCACGUAUGUAGCCAACCAGGCCGAGCUGUCCCUGUACGCCUCUGGCCGCGUCACUGGCAUUGUGAUCGACUCCGGUGAUGGGGUCACCCACGCUGUGCCCACCUAUGAGGGGUGUGCUCUUCCUGGCGCCAUCCUGCGUCUGGACCUGGCUGGCCGGGACCUGACUGACUACCUCACGAAGAUCCUCACCGACCGUGGCUACAGCUGCAUCACCACAGCUGGGCGGGAAACGGUAUAUGACAUCAAGGAGAAGCUGUGCUACGUCGCCCCGGACUUUGAUGUGGAAAUGGCCGUGGCAGGCUCCCUCUCCACCCUGGAGAAGAGCUACGAGCUGCCCGACGGCCAGGUCAUUACCAUCGGCAACGAGCGGUUCCGUUGCCCUGAGGUGCUCUUCCAGCCUUCCCUCCUGAACAUGGCAUCUUACGGCAUCCACGAAACUACUUUCCACUGCAUCAGGAAGUGUGAUGUGGACAUCCACGAAGACCUGUACGCCAACAUAGUGCUGUCUGGUGGCAGCACCAUGUACCCUGGCAUGGCUGACAGGAUGCAGAAGGAGAUCACGGCCCUGGCGCCCCGCAGCAUGAAGAUCGAGGUCUCUGCUCCUCCUGAGCCCAAGUACGCCGUGUGGAUCGGCGGCUCCAUCCUGGCCUCGCUGCCCACCUUCCAGCAGAUGUGGAUCAGCAAGCAGGAGUAUGACGAGUUUGGCCCCUCCAUCGUCCACCGCAAACGACGACGACGCUCCAGUCGGACUGUGGCUUAG